CGUGCUCUCCCUCCUCCCCCCUUGAUGUGCGUGUAUUGAUGCAGGAUCACGGCUGGUCUCAAGGGUGUAGCUCAGACACUGCAGUGGAAGGUAGGGCUUGGCUGCUGCACUAUACAAUGCGCUGAAAGAUGGUACACCAGGAGAAAUGUGUUUACCAGGCCCAGAGGAAUGAGAGGGAGUCCAUUAGACAGAAACUGGCCCUUGGCAGUUUCUAUGAUGACGGACCGGUUACCUUUACUGGCUGCAGCAAGAGCUGCUUGUCCUCACGGCUUCAGAAUGGGGUGAACCUACAGAUGUGCUUUGUGAAUGACAGCAGCAGUGACAGGGAUAGUGAUGCAGAGGACAGCAGAACAGAAACCAGCCUGGACACCCCAUUGUCUCCUAUGAGCAAGCAGAGUUCUUCUCUCUCUGACCGGGACACAGGUGAGGAAGAUCUCGACACGGAGGAUUCAGAAUUCUGGCGGCUUCAGAGACGUCUGCAGGAGGAGGCCCGUGUGGCUCUGGCUUUGGCCCGUCCAAUGGCCCGAAUGCAAGUGGAGGUGGAAAGACAGAUUCAGCUACACCGCAGAUCCCCUGUGGCAGACCUGUUGCCUCAUCUGCCACAUAUCAGUGAGAGUCUACUGAAGAGAAAUUUGAGGCCCGUGGACCUGAGGGACAUGAAUUUCGGCCAGUUACAGGUCAUCACCAAUGAUCUGCACUCUCAGAUACAAGGUCUGAAUGAGGAGCUGGUGCAGCUGUUAUUUAUGAGAGAUGAACUGCACAUGGAGCAGGAUGCCAUGCUGGUAGAUGUGGAGGAUCUAACCAGGCAUGCACAUAGCCAGCAGAGACAUAUGAUGGAGAAAUCUCUGGCCAAAGGCAAAGGAGCUUCCCACACUCGCUGUGAUUCUCCAUUCUGAGGCAAACAGUAACCAGCACAGGGGCCAACCACUUGUGUUUCACUAUGUGAUGAAGCAGCGUACUCACUAGAUUCUCUUUUUCAGUCCAACUAGAUGUGUGUUAUUGCCUAUGUUAAAAGCUUUGUGUGGAUGUAUGUUAAUUAUACAUGCUAUAAGUGUUCAUGCAUGCCCGCACCUUAGCUGAGGGUCACACACUCACUUUGCAGAAUAACUGUUAAUCAUACAUAAUGUAUACAUUAGGGAAGAACAUAAAGAAUCAGGUGACAUGGAUCUAUCAAUGGGAUUUCAUUUCACAGGUUGUAACUUUCCCUGUGAUUUCAGUACUGUUCUUUCUGGUCACUCUGUAUGGACCAUAAUAGUUCAUAUAUAUUAACACUGUCAACUAGUUAACUGCUUCUCUGUGCAGAUUAUUGCUGGAUUUGCUUAUUAACCUGCAAUUUCCCUCCCUGGGAUUAAAUCAAGUUUACUCUGACGCAGUUUUUGCACUUGCUAAUGUGCUGUGUAUGGAGCUACCCUACCUAAAAUAAGGAAAACACAACCAAAACUUUUGAAAGGUUUGAAUGGAAUCUACAUUUUAUGAAGUUGAUGUGAGCAUUGUAGUUUUUCCAUUAUUAUUGGUAAGAAGCUGCCUUGUGUGCUGGUAAUUGAUUCCUAUGUUCACGGUGAACUAUUAAGUCAGUCUUUUAAGAAUGUCAAGAUUUUACUUACUUUUUCAUCCAAAUAUGACAUUUCCUGUUUCACAGAAAUGUAAAAGUAAAUUGUGAACUAAUAAAUUACUUAACAUGG